UUGCAACCUAGCACAUACAAGGAGUAUGCACGACGCCAGCAGCCCACCCCAAGUCGCCCAAGGCCUUUGGACCGCGCUCGAGCACGAACGCUUCCUCAUGGCGCUGCGCUUGUACCCGGAAGGCCCGUGGAAGGACGUCGCCGACAUGAUUGGCACACGCAACGCCAAGCAGGCGCAGGCGCACAUGCAAAAGUGCAAGGAGAAGCUCUACCGGCGGAUCCGCGAGCUCCAAUCCAAGCUCGAACACGACGACGGGCACUCGAGCAGCGACAGCGACGGCGGGUACGCAUCGAGCCGCACGCAGCGCACCAAGCACGCCGACACGCUCGGUAUCCAAGUGCUGCACCCGAUCCCGUUUGACAUUGAGCCCACGGACGGAUUUCUGUGUCGGGGGGCCAGCAUGCGCCACACGGCGACCGGGCACGAGCUCUCGGUCGAAGAGUCGCUCGACUUUUUGAUCAACGAGAUGAAGAGCUACGUCGAAGGCGAGUAGAUCAAAGGCGUGCCUCUAAUUAUGCUUAUAUAUUACACUAUUUUAACGUG